AUGACUCUAGAUGCGUUAAUCGAACACAUGAAUGUCAAUCACCACUUUACGGCUUCACGCCACCAAUAUAAGCUAAGGUUUGACAAAUGGCAGCUCCCGAAGCUCAAGACAAUUUCCAGAAAGCCGCAAGGUUCCACUCUUGCUAUCACAAGUGUGAGGCAGCCACUAUCAGAUGGGCAUUCGUUCGCGGCGUCAAGCGAAACAACAACUGGGCAGGCCGAGCCAGGCUUAGGCAAACCCCCGCGUGCAGAGCUCUCCGGGAAUUCAAGCGCUACACAGGAUAUCUCAACUUGUGGAAGCAGAGUUGAAAGUGCUGGUCAGUCCGAUGUGAACGUCACGUCGAUGACGAGUCAUUCUGAAACAGAGCCAGAUGUCGCCUUAGUUUUGCGCGAGGGUCUCCUUCUUGAAAGAUUGCCAGAGAUUGAUGGUCCGUCGGUGGAAAAGCUGAAUAUCAUUAAUAACACGAUGAAUCUGGAAGAAGUAAGACCUGCUCCUACGGCAUCGGCUUUAACGCCGAUCAUAGACACCAAAACGGCUGUGCCUCUUCUUCCGGUAGAUCGAUCCUCCCCCCCUGGUGUACGUAAAGACAUAUAUACCAGGCUGGUGUCCAAGUUUAUGUCAUCCGAAAAGAUACUCAAUGCACUACCUAACUCUUCAACCAAUGUACUGGAUGCGAUCCGAAAAGCCGACGUCCUGCUCGUAGUGGGCUCCUAUCAACAAGCAUACAAGUUGUACAGCCGGUGGUGGGAGAGGGUGCUGGUUGUUUACUCCAAACUGGUCGACAACCCAUUCAUUGUCUUGGUUGCUUCAAACAUGUCGCGUGCGGCGAGUUCACCGGCUGAAAUUGCCCAUGUUGUGGCCAUCAUGAAAAGGUUCAUUGGGCCAGGUAUUGGAGACGUAAAACUUGAUCAUUUAGCGGAAUGUACUCUGCUCAUUCAGCUAGCAAUUCUCCUUCGCAGAGUGCAUGGGUUCGAUGAGGCUUACAGUUACUUUCAUCAUGCUCUAUCAAUCUGGGAAUUGUGGUCGUCUGUCCACCAGGAAGGUUGGGGAGUGCCUGCAAAUUUGAUCGGUCAGUAUAUCGAGGCAAACUCGAUCCACUUUCUAGCACAACCUGGCAAAAAGUUGUCCUUGGACCUCCAGCGACGUUUGGUGGAAGCAGAUUAUCAAUAUCAAGGGCGACUUCGAAAGCUGGUUUUCAGCUGCGCCUCAACACUCGCUUCUCACAACACUUGUUGGAAGCUUGCGGAGGGAGUGAACGCUGGUCGGAAACCCGAAUGGGACUCCGAAACCAUCAGGAUAGUACUCAGCAAAAUGCUCUUCUGUGAAUUGUGGAAAACUUUCACUUGUGAAGUUGACCAAGAUCGAACUCCAUUGAUAGAUAAGGUGGAAGGGCUACACGAGAUGUGCAAAGGGAUGAGAAUCAGCAGCCCAGACCUUUUCGCAGCGAUAUCCAUUUUACUCGUGGAUAUAGCAUCGCUAAAAGGAGAUUUAAUCGGCAUCAGCAUGUCCACCUGGUCGGCUGAAGCAGAGAGUAUUUCAUUGCAUUUGUCCGAUAUUGACAAAUCUGUGCAUCAUAUUGUAUCAGAAAAACUGUCCCAAGCAGAGUUUUAUGCAGUUGUUCUUCAAAGCACACGAGAAACAAUCUGA